UGACACCCAAGAACCAGAUGUGCAAGGGUGGGACCCAGCAAAGCCAGACGGAUUUUCACCCUACUGGGAACUGCCACACUUCAGUGACUCUCACCUGAAGAGAAAUCACCUGGGCAGAGAGAAAAGGGGUGGGACGGAUCAAGGGCGUGUUGGAUCAGUGAAUACAAAGACGGCAGAAUUCGAGAAAAAAUUGUGGCCCCUGGCUUUGCUGUGCUAGACGAUUUCACCUCCCCAGUGGGCCGCUUUCUUCAACUCUACAGCCCCAGUGCCGGUCCUCCUCCAGAGCCCAGGAGAGACCCUGUCCUCAUCACAUAGAGAAGCAUGAUGACACCAUAAUUGCUGAGCUGGCAGGAGCCACGUCAACGGCAAGGGCCCCCAUGGAGGGACCAGAUGAGCCGAGAUGGGCCCUUAGGGACCUGAAUGAGAGACUGAAGGGAUUUCUGGAACAUGUAAAACAGUUGGAUCAGGUAAAUCGCAAGCUUGAGGAGAAGAUUUUGGAAUGGAGAAGGAACAACUUAAUGACACCGCCACAGGACUGGAGCGACAAGGAGGAAUUGGCUCAGGAACUUCGAGAGCAGGUCACCAGGAUGUUAAUGGGAAAUACAGAGAUUUUGUUACAAUCCGAUGCUGUAAAACUCAAGGCCUCGAGAUUACAGACCAGGUGUGAGACAGAGGAGAGACUCCGUCUCCUGCAGGAGCAGCAGGUGUUAAAUCUGAAGAGGAAGAAGGAAGAAGUGGAGAUGAACAACAUAAUCCUGCAAAAACAGAUUUCACAAACUAGACAAGAAUUACAGCAAAUAAUAAAAGAACAAGAGAGAGAGCUGGAUCAGCACCAGCGACGGGCAGAGGAGGAGAGUGAUAGAGUGCUAGAGCAGAUUGCUGCAGGGGAGGAUGGCAGAGGAAUGGAUCUCUCCUGGACCAGCACCCAGUGCAACUACUCCAGCCCUGCUCAUAGCAGACUUGACUCAGCCACGCCGACAAUUCCAGCCCCAGGCUUUGGCCCAGCUCCACAGACAAGGCCCCGAAAUUAUCCAGCUAGCCCAACGGCAGCAUUUCCGCCACAGGUGAGGGCAGGUGUUGAGGACCUGAAGGAGGCACGAGCUGAACUCACAGAAGCCAGAAAGCAAUGGCACCGUCUACAGGUGGAGAUUGAAUCGCUGCAUGCAAUGGAGAAAAGUCUCCAAAGCUCCCUACACCACACUCAGCUCCAGUACUCCGUGCAGCUCAAGGACCUCUCCGGGUCUGUGAGGAGUCUGGAGUCGGAGUUGGAAACAGUCCAAAAUGAACUAGAGGUCCAGAGGCAGAACCACAGCCAGUUACUCAACACCAAGAUGAGGCUGGAAAGAGAGAUCACCACCUACAGAAAACUCUUGGAACAUGAGGAGGGCAGGUUUCUGACAUCAGAAGGCCAGUCUCUCAAACUGAAGACAUGGAAAGCAUCAGUUCAUGCUCCAGAGCAGAACGGACUUCCCAACGGAUGUGACGAGGAAAUCGUUCAGCCCGUUUCCACUGAGAGAACUCCAAAAAGUAGCCCAGUCCUUCAUCGACAUAGGAAUCUUGUUGUUUUGACAGAACCAAUCGGGAACAAAGAUGGGGAGAUCUGUACUGUGAAGACUCAGGAGAUUCUAGAGGGAAAUAUACUGAGAGAAAGCGCAGAGGGUCACGGAAGUGUGGAGACAGAAAAUAUUGACAAGGUGAUCAGGCAAUGGGAAGGUUCCUUCUUUCAAGGAAAUCCAAAGUUGAGGAAGAAAUCUGUUUCUCUGCGUUUCAACCUUCACAUGGCCGUAGCAGAUGAGGGCUGUGGUCAGACAAAACAGGACAGUCUCCCUAAUGUGGAAGUCCGUCUGGUCAUGAAGCGGUCCCGCAGCAUACCUACCUUUGCUGAGUGAUGUCACAAUGCAACUACAUCCCAAUUGUGACAUCAGAAAACGACCACAUCCCAACUGUGACCUCACAAUGCUACCAUCACAGAUCAGUAGUGGCGGCGCUGUUGCAAUGUUUAAGUGUUAACAUUCACGGUAACGAGAAGCGAACGACACAAUUAAGUGACAUAGAACUUUUGCCAAGUCCUAGGAAUAAUUAGCAACACAUCAUCGAUUAAGCAUUUUAAAACAAAACUCAAAUUGCUCUAAUGAUUGUUAAGAACUCAUUGCAUAUAAAGCUACUUUCAGAAAAAUCAACUCAAAUUAUUUUGUAAUGUUUCAUGUUUGUGACUAGAGCGCAAUGCUUUCUGCGUUCGCUCUACUGUAACAUUAUUCCUGAUCAUUAGUAUAUUAUAUUAUUAAAAACCUUGAUAAGUAUUGUUUUGUAAUACGUGUUCAGUUUAAACAUGAAUUGACCUAAAAUCUCACGGUAAACAAGCGAUCACAGUGGUUGAAGCCAAGAAUUUCCCACUAUAGAUAGAUGCCUUAUUCAAUCUGACAAAUGCUUCUGGAAAUAUAAUUUAACACUCCAGUGAAUGCAAAGAGAGUAUCUCGUACUCGUUCUACAAGAAAAUCUAGCGUGAACCAAAACAAAAGAUUUACAGCAACACGAUUGUACUGUUGUCACGAUAUUGCCUGCGCUGACGUUUACAAAAUAAGUAACAGUAAAAGUCAUCAGCCUAUCACUGCAAAUGAAAAACAAAAAAAAACGGUUUGACACAUAAAUAACCUCUGCAUUCAUUACAUUGCCUUUAAAAGUUACAUUGCUUCGCUUUACAGAUGCAAAGUUUACACUUUAUUUAAAGUGCGAAUACUGUGUCUUCCUAUCUAAAAUUAUGAAGGAUUAUUCAGAAACUGUGAAAUGACAAUACUUCUGAACAACAGAAAAAGAAAUGCAGCAUUUGUGAUUUACAUAUAUAAAACGAUUAAAUUGAUUUAUGUACCCAUUAUGUUCUACCUCUGUACUGUAAAUAAAUGGGGUUCUUCCUGACGCAACAAAGAAUUUAAAAUUGUAUUGAUUCUGAAUAAAUCUAUAUCUCUAAAAUAUGGAUGC